CGAAAAUUAAAAUGGAGAAGCACCGUUUGCCUGAAGGACUUAUUGAAAGUUUCAUAGGAUUUAACAAAGAGGAGAUUUUCGAUUCAGUGCAAUCAGUGUACGCGUUUCAAUGCGAAUACGAAAGAACGCUGGUGAAAUUCGACCGGAAUAUUUUUAUCCGGGACUUCCCGCAAGUCAAAGCGAACAUGUCCAAGAAGAAAUCCAAAAAGAAAUCUACCGAUAUUUGGAUGUGUAAUGUAUAAUUU